AUGGCACUCCACGCCGCCUCCUCACCCAAAAAAGUCUCCCAAACCCUCCAACAAACGCCCGGCAUCCAAAUCUUCCUCCAACCCAUCGCCCCGCCCGCCGCCCUCGGCCUCGCCGGCUUCGCAGGCUCAACAUGGAUAACCUCAUCCUACAUCGCCAACUGGUGGGGCAACGCCGAAUCCCCAACCAUCUUUUUCCCAUUCGUAGGACUCUUCGGCGGACUGGCGCAGUUCAUCGCAGGACUAUAUGGGUUCAAAGCGCGGGAUACGUUGGUGACGGUGAUAAAUACCAUGUGGGGAAGUUUUUGGAUUAGUAUUGGGGUUUUGUAUGCUUUUGUUGCGGCUGGUGCGUUGGAUCCACAUGAAGUGCACACGCACUUCCCCGAACUGGCGUCUUGGUUCGUGAUACUUUGCGUCUUCACCUGGUCAGGUGCGCUCGCAGCGACAGCACGCGAUGUUGUCCUCAGCGUCUGUCUCUUCUCCCUGGCUAUCGGCAGUACGAUCGCUUGUUGCAUGUUCGCGUUCAACGGUCGUCCCGUCACCACCGCGGACACUAGCGCGUCGGGUGAUAGUCUCACUGGCGGAGUAACGAUGGGGAUGAAGGCUGCAAGCUACUUCUGGAUGUUGUCCGCCCUCUGUGCUUGGUGGAGAGUGACGGUGUAUCUCGUCGAAGAGGCAUAUGGACCUGAUCAUACGAUCACAAAGUUCUUCCCUAUUGGUAGGACGCCGAUGGAGAGGAGGGCUCCUUUGGUUAUCCCGGGUCUGGGCGAGCCUGGUGUUAAGAGGGGUGUUCCGAAGCCGUUGCCGGUAUGA